CGAGAGAAUCUCGGUGCGUUCACCUCAUCCGCCUGACAGGAUGAACUAUUGCAGUCGCCAGAGCCGGAUGAGCAGAGAGAUUUUUGUUGGCUACACUUCGUCGGCGAUCAUCAGUUGAUGAUCGUCCCGCCUCACGAUCAUUACGGAAUCUGAAACGCACCGAGCAAGUACUGUAACCAUGGUGAGCUACGGCCAAGAUACCUUUACGCUGUUUCUCCAUGUCCAGUCCGCGCAGCAUUUGUCCACGUCAGCGAACGCAGCCUUCUGCACGACGUUCGUGUGGAGCAGCUCGUCCCCUGGUGGUCCCGCGCAGUCAACGUCCGAGCCGAAAUACACGAAUUUCAGCCAAAUCCGCGAUGACCAGCCCAUUGAAUGGAACGAGGAAGUGCAACUGGAUACGACCAACCCACAGUCGGAAGUGCUCACAGUUCGAGUUCAAGACUCAAGCGACAAACUAGUGGGGAGCUGCAACGUCUACCUGGCCCACCUGCAUCCAGAGCAGCCUCUAGACCAGUGGUUCCAGCUUCACCCCGCCGGACAUAUUCACUUGAAGUUGGUGCUGAGUCCCAACCAGCGGCCUAUUCCGACCCCCGUUGUUAAUUCCCCUUACGCUACCGACUACCAAGCGCUGCUCGAUGUGGCAAUGAAGAAAAGAGCAGCAGCAGUAAACGAGUCCCCUCUUCCUUCCAACAUCGCCAUGCUGCUUGAGCUUCAGAAUCAGGCACAGCAGAAUACGAUGCUGAUGAUCAACCAGCAACUCCGUCAACAGCAACAAAUGACGCAAAACUUCAUGCACCAACAAGCACAGUCUCCCUUCACUGCCGGUUACCCUUCGCCUUAUCAGCAGCAGCAGUCGAGCGGUCACAAUUUCCACCAAACGAUGGAAACUGCCGCCAACAUCUCCACUAUCGCCGCCAACAUGCAGCAACUCAACGGCAGCAACACCGGCACUAGCGGUUUAGGCACCGCAGCCUCCAUCGGACUCGGCGCUCUCGGCCUCGGACCGUUCGGAACCUUUUUCGGAUCAUAAGUAGUGAGAAGAGGCCGUUAAGUGGAUAUCUAAUACAUGCGCGCUGAACUGCACAUUGACGCACAGCCACCCAUGCACAUACAGUA